GAUGAGAGGCUAACAUUAGCAGCUAACACACACCGGCACCCUUUACAGCCGCUGUAAAACACAUCACGCACUCCGCUCAUUCGCCUGUACAAACUCACUUUAUCGUAGGGUCUGGGUAGAUUUUAUUAGAUUUUUUUCUCGGCACUGAUCUAGGUGAAGAUGAUCAAGCUUUUCUCGCUGAAACAGCAGAAGAAGGACGAGGAGUCUGCUGGAGGAACGCGAGCUGGAGUCGGCGGAAAGAAAGCGAGCGCGGCCCAACUGCGGAUACAGAAGGAUAUCAACGAGCUGAACCUUCCAAAGACCUGUGAGAUUGUUUUUCCUGACCAGGAUGAUCUGCUCAUCUUUAAACUAAUCAUCUCACCAGACGAGGGUUUCUACAAAGGAGGGAAGUUUGUCUUCAGUUUUAAGGUAGGACAGGGAUACCCCCAUGACCCUCCAAAAGUCAAAUGUGAAACAAUGGUCUAUCACCCAAACAUUGACCUGGAAGGAAACGUCUGUCUAAAUAUUUUGAGAGAAGACUGGAAGCCAGUGUUGACAAUUAACUCCAUCAUAUAUGGACUACAGUAUCUGUUCCUUGAGCCAAAUCCAGAAGAUCCACUGAACAAAGAGGCAGCAGAGGUGCUGCAGACAAACCGACGGCUUUUCGAGCAGAACGUCCAGCGGUCACUAAGGGGCGGUUACGUUGGCGCCACCUACUUUGAACGUUGUCUGAAAUAGUCCCGAACCCACUGGCCCUUACAUCCCAGAAUGCAUUUAUCGUUUACAUGCGCUGAAACAUGACUGACACACUGACCGGCGAUUGCCAGGGGGAGGGGCUUCCUAAAGGAAGCAGGGGUUUUUCAUGGGACGGGCUCAGUGCGGGUGGGUUGUAAAGGAAUAGGAUUUAGAAGGCUGGUCAGUGAUUGUUGUUCAGAGAAUUCAGUCGUAUUUGCCACUAUGCUGGUACCCACUGUUUAUUUUUGCUGAGAUUCACAUGCUAACUUAUCUUCCACUCAUAGACAUGAACCAAAAGAGAGAGAGAGAUAUAUUCAAAUUAUUAAAUUUCUCUUGUGUUCUAUUAUGAAGGCUUGAGGACUGAUUUUGUUUGGGCUUCAGUGACAGGGAACCUGCCUUGCAUCGCACAUAAACUACAUUAAAUAGUCACUAAUUUCGGUGUUUGAAAAAAGACUUGUAUAGCAUUGCAUUUGACCAAUUCUGAUAACACUGACCGAUUGACGACCUUACCGGCUUAGAGGCCGGCUCAUAUACGAUUGACAGGAUCUGUAUGCAAAUUGGGCUGUUGUGAGGUUGGUAGACCUUCAUAUGUUUUGCUUGAGUUUUCAUGGGUGGGAAAUGAUUUUCAUGAAGAGGGAUGAUUUAGGGUUAGGAAUGGUUGCGUAAAAUGUUACAAUUCUGUUGUGUAUAUUGGAUUCCCAGCUGUUCACAAUGACUGCAGUAUGAAUUAUGUUAAAUAAAAUAUUGACUUGAAUGCCUACAUUUUAAGAUUAUUGUAAACAACAGCACAUUGUUUCAAAUCAAUAAAACAUUUUAUCUGACCUAUACAAUUAUGAAU